GCAGCUUACCUCCAUCCCUGCAAGAUGUCUUGCUAUGACCUGUGCUCCACCUCUGCCUGCGGCGUCCUCCGCCCCCAGCCUCUCGCUGACAGCUGCAAUGAGCCGUGUGUCCGUCAGUGCCCGGACUCCACCGCUGUGAUCCAGCCACCCCCAGUCGUCGUCACCCUCCCUGGCCCCAUCCUCAGCUCCUUCCCCCAGAAUGCAGUUGUGGGAUCUGCUGGAGCUCCCGUCCUUGGAGCUUCUGGGGGCUAUGGGGGCUAUGGGAGUCUGUGGGGCUAUGGGGGCUAUGGCUAUGGGGGUCUCAAUGGCUAUGGGGGCUCCUCCCUGGGUUACAGGGGCCUCUAUGGCUACGGUAGACCCUACGGUGCUGGUUAUUGCAGCCCUUACUCCUCCUGGUCCAGCAGGUACAGCCGUGGCACCUGUGGACCCUGCUAAACACAACAAACCGCAUGAAGAAAAUAUGAGCAGAAACCCCAAAGUACAGAUUUACCUCUGAGCAGAUGAGUUGCGGCUUUAUGAAAGCACUCACAAAUCCCGUUCAGAGCAGAACACUCUGCAUGCACCCCUUUUUUCCCUUUGAAUUCUUUCCUGAUUUAUUCACGGGUUCAAUUCCUUGUUAUCUUCUACUUUAUCAUACUUGUGACUGGAUGCAAUGAGACAUUUAAGAGCGUCUUUCAAAAUGCAUUUGACUCUGACAUCUCAGACACACAUUCUUGAUACUGCAAUGUAUUUUUUUUUCUUUUCAUUCUCAUUAAAAUUC